AUGCUCGAAGACUUGUUGAAAAACCCGUCUCAAAUCAAGGACAUGGUCCCUUUCAUUGUCGGUCUUCAAGAAGGCGAAAGUCGCACAAAUACCAUUACUAAUACUUUCCUCACACUCCGUACUCCAUGCGCCCUUACCCGCAUUUAUUUUAGACGUGAUCUCCAUAAAUGGAACGAUGUUGUGCUGGGAAAUUGUUUCACUUUCAACCACAGAAGCAGCUCGCUGGAUUAUAAAAUGCGUUCGUCUGGUGUCCAAGGCGGUCAGUUCAUUUAUUGCGUUGGAUCUUCCGAAUACGCUCCAUGGUUCGAUACAGCGGCAAUUUUGGUGUUUGUUCACAACAAGAAUGAGUACGUGUUCUCGGAGUCAGUGCGUUACAGUGCACAACCAGAUGGAGAGACUCUGAUCCAAGUUCGAGAUACAAAAUACACACGCCUUGCCGGCAGAUAUGGAGUCUGCGUGAAGGACCCAUCUGAAGUGAACGCCUAUUACUAUGACGGAAUGUACACAACAGACGGAUGUCUCCGUUCAUGUUACCAGGAUAUGAUCAUGAAAGAGUGCGACUGUAUGGACCCACGAUAUCCAGUGGCGCCAGAUACUCCCACAUACAAUGUAUUCGACGAGCUGUCGUAA